AUGGACGCGGACUCACGGGCGGUUGCGCAGCUCGUGCGCCGCGCCGCCGACGUCGCGAUCGCCGACGACCGCCGCCUCGCCCGCCAGCGCGCCGCCGAAACCAGCCUCUAUCAGUCCGCGCAGGCUGGCGAUGUUGCAAGCCUGCGCCGCCUGCUUGCCGAGGGCGCGGACCCGAACGUCGGCUCGCCGCGGCUGACACACGAAGGCGCGAAAGUUCCGCCGCUGUGCGCGGCGGCGGCACGCGGCCAGACGGAGGCGGUGAUGGUGUUGCUAGAGGCUGGCAUCGUGCAGCUGCUGGUUGCGGCCGGCGCGGACGUGGCGGCCGUGGACAACAGCGGCAAACAGGCGUUGUACUACGCUUGCUGCGCGGACGCGUGCGAGACGGUGCGGGUGCUGGUCGAGGCCGGGGCGCCGACGGAGGCCGCGACGCCGGGCGGGCAUCCUUCGCUGCCGGCGCUGCACGUGUGCGCGAAGAAGGGUCACCUGGCAUCGGCGGCGGCAUUGCUCGCGGGCGGGGCGCACGUGGACGUGGACGAUGGCAAGGGCCUGUCGCCGCUGUACGUGGCGGCACGCGAGGGGCACUGCGACCUCGUCAAGCUGCUCGUCCAGCACGGCGCGGACGUGAACUGGACGCUCAGCCUGCACUGGAGCACCACCUCGCCGUUGCAGGCCGCGUGCUUGAACGCGCUGCCGGCGUACGGGCGUGGCACGGACCCGCCGCGACACACGCGGUACCGCGAGACGAUCCUGGCGCUGAUUGACCUCGGCGCCCGCGGCGCGGGCCCUGUGCUGCGCCUGUGUGCGGAGCGCGUCAUGGGGCCCGUGAUCAGCAUCCUCCUCGACCGUGCCGCCGCGGGGACCCCCGGCUCGCAAUACGUUUGGGAAGUGGUGGCGAACGUCCCGCUGGCCAUCCGCACGGCCGCCAAGUACACGUACGUGGACACCACGUCCACGCUGCAGCUGCUGAUCGACUUCCACCUCAACGUGGCGCCGCGGCUGGUGCACGACGACGAUCCGCGCGCCGCGGACCUGCUGGGCAUGCGCGGGAUCCACCUCGCCCUGCUCGAAGCCUGCAGCUUGCGCCGCACCCGGAAUGUGGAGACCAUCCUGCACGCGCUGCGGGCGGCCGGGGUGACGGUCCCGGACGAGCAGGGGCGCGAGGCCAUGUGGACGGCGUGCAGCCACAGCAACGCGCCGCUGAUCGAGGUGCUCCUCCGGCACGGCUUGGGCUGCACGCCGGACGGUACGCUGUCCGAGGCCUUCGUCGCGGUCGUGCAGACGCACUGGGACUGCGACCGGCGCCUGGCGGCGGCCCAGGUGCUGGUGAGCAGCGGCAACGUCGACGUCAACCACAGGACCAGCCAAGGCACGACGGCUCUCGAGGCGUGCGUGACGUACAGCCACCGCGUCGACAUCUCCCGGCUCGUCGAGUUCCUGCUCAGCGUCGGCGCGCGCCCGGUGCUCAGCGAGCGCGUCCGCGUGCUCUCGGACAGCGCGCGGAAGCAGGUGGGCGUCCUCGAAUGCCAGGGCACCAGGCGAGGCGACACGCAGCUGGAGCGCGCGCAGCGGCGCGUGGCGGUGCUCGCGAUGAUCGACGCGCGGCGCGGAGCCGUCGAGGCGCAGCUGCUCGCGGCGCUCGUGUCGGCGCGGCGCCUGGACGUCGGCCUCUACGACGCGCUGCGGCACUGGAUGCACGCGCACGAAGCGGAGCUGUGGCGCCCGCGGAGUAGCCCGCUACGGACCUGCGCGCCGGAGGGGCAGGGAUCGGCCGGGAGCAGCACGGGCGAUGGCUCGAGGUCGUGGCGAUGA